AUGUCUCGUUCAAGACAACCCCCACUUGUGACAGGCAUCUCUCCAAAUGAAGGAAUACCUUGGACCAAGGUCACAAUUAGAGGAGAAAACCUGGGAACUGGCCCAACUGACCUCAUAGGUUUGGCAAUUUGUGGACAUAAUUGCCUCCUGACAGCAGAAUGGAUGUCUGCAAGUAAAAUAGUAUGUCGAGUUGGACAAGCCAAAAAUGACAAAGGAGACAUAAUUGUCACAACUAAGUCAGGUGGCAAAGGAACCUCAACAGUCUCUUUCAAGCUACUCAAGCCUGAAAAAAUAGGUAUUUUGGACCAGUCUGCUGUGUGGGUUGAUGAAAUGAAUUAUUAUGAUAUGCGUACUGACAGGAAUAAAGGAAUUCCUCCGUUGUCCCUACGUCCUGCUAAUCCACUUGGCAUUGAGAUUGAAAAAAGUAAAUUUCCCCAGAAGGAAUUGGAAAUGCUGUUUCCUGGAAUGAGUGCUGAUUUUACAAGUGAGAAUUUUUCAGCUGCCUGGUAUCUGAUAGAGAAUCACUCAACCACCAGUUUUGAGCAGCUCAAAAUGGCAGUUUCCAACCUGAAGAGGCAGGCUAACAAGAAGAGUGAGGGUAGCCUGGCCUGUGUGAAAGGGGGUCUUAGUACUUUCUUUGAAGCACAGGAUGCUCUUGCAGCCAUCCAUCAAAAACUGGAAGCGGAUGGAACGGAAAAAGUAGAAGGAUCCAUGACGCAAAAACUGGAGAAUGUUCUAAACAGAGCAAGCAAUACUGCAGAUACAUUAUUUCAAGAAGUAUUAGGUCGAAAGGACAAGGCAGAUUCCACUAGAAAUGCACUCAAUGUCCUCCAGCGAUUUAAGUUUCUUUUCAAUCUUCCUCUAAAUAUUGAAAGGAAUAUUCAAAAGGGUGAUUAUGAUGUGGUUAUUAAUGACUAUGAAAAAGCCAAGUCACUCUUUGGAAAAACAGAGGUGCAAGUUUUCAAGAAAUAUUAUGCUGAAGUAGAAACACGGAUUGAAGCUUUAAGAGAAUUACUUCUGGACAAAUUGCUUGAGACACCAUCAACCUUACAUGACCAAAAACGUUAUAUAAGGUACCUGUCUGACCUUCAUGCACCGGGUGACCCUGCUUGGCAGUGUAUCGGAGCUCAACACAGAUGGAUCCUUCAGCUCAUGCACAGCUGCAAAGAGGGCUACAUACAAGACCUGAAAGGUACCGCAGGCCUGCACAGUCCCAUGGUGGACCUGGAUAGCGAUGUGCGUCCCUCAUUGUUGGGCCAUCUUAGUCAAACGGCAUCACUGAAGCGGGGCAGCAGCUUUCAGUCUGGUCGAGAUGACACAUGGAGAUACAAACCUCCCCACCGGGUAGCAUUUGUUGAAAAAUUGACCAAGCUUGUUUUAAGUCAGCUGCCUAACUUCUGGAAACUCUGGAUUUCAUAUGUCAAUGGAAGCCUUUUCAGUGAGACUGCUGAGAAGUCAGGCCAGAUUGAAAGAUCAAAGAAUGUCAGGCAAAGACAAAAUGAUUUUAAGAAAAUGAUUCAGGAAGUAAUGCAGAGUCUCGUGAAGCUGAUCCGUGGAGCACUACUCCCACUUAGCAUCCCAGAGGGUGGAGUGAGGCAAUAUGGAGGCUGGGAGGUGAAGUCUGAGCUCUCUGGACAGUGGCUUACUCAUGUCAUACAGACCAUAAGACUUACUUAUGAAUCCCUGACGGCCCUUGAAAUUCCUAAUGACAUGCUACAGACUAUCCAGGAUCUCAUUUUGGAUCUCCGAGUACGUUGUGUGAUGGUCACAUUGCAACACACAGCGGAAGAAAUAAAGAGAUUAGCUGAAAAGGAAGACUGGAUUGUUGAUAAUGAAGGGUUGACUUCUCUACCAUAUCAGUUUGAACAGUGCAUUGUACAUUCUCUGCAAUCACUUAAAGGAGUUCUGGACUGCAAGCCUGGAGAAGCCAGUGUCUUUCAACAACCUAAAACACAGGAGGAGGUUUGCCAACUAAGCAUCAAUAUCAUGCAGAUUUUUAUAUAUUGUCUGGAACAAUUGAGCACCAAGCCUGAUGCAGAUAUAGAUACUACACAUCUUUCUGUUGAUGUUUCUUCUCCUGAUUUGUUUGGAAGUAUUCAUGAAGACUUCAGUUUGACUUCUGAACAGCAACUUUUGAUAGUCCUAAGUAAUUGCUGCUACCUACAAUGUCACACCUUCCUAAAUAUAGCAGAACAUUUUGAAAAGUACAACUUUCAGGGAAUAGAAAAAAUAACACAGGUUAGCAUGGCCUCAUUGAAAGAAUUAGACCAAAGAUUGUUUGAAAAUUACAUUGAGUUGAAAGCAGAUCCCAUUGUUGGCUCCUUAGAACCUGGAAUUUAUGCAGGCUAUUUUGAUUGGAAAGACUGCCUGCCUCCAACAGGUGUCAGAAACUAUUUAAAAGAAGCAUUGGUGAAUAUAAUUGCAGUGCAUGCAGAGGUGUUCACUAUUUCCAAAGAAUUGGUGCCUCGGGUCCUGUCCAGGGUAGUGGAAGCGGUAUCUGAAGAGCUCAGUAGACUCAUGCAGUGUGUGUCAUCCUUCAGCAAAAAUGGAGCAUUGCAGGCAAGGCUUGAAAUCUGUGCUCUGAGGGACACUGUGGCUGUCCACCUGACACCUGAAAGCAGGUCCAGUUUUAAGCAGGCUCUGGAAGCGCUGCCCCAGCUUUCCAGCGGAGCAGACAAAAAGUUACUGGAAGAGCUGCUGAACAAGUUCAAGAGCAGCAUGCACCUGCAACUCACCUGUUUCCAAUCUGCUUCUUCAGCCUUGAUGAAAACAUAA